AGGAGGGACUACGGAAGAGUGUUUUUAUUUAUUUCUUUGUUUCCACAGGAGAAAUAAUAACAGCAUACGUUUUUGUAGAAAGUUGCUGUUAUUUUUUCCUCCUUCUGAAGAUAAAAACCUGGAAGAGAUUACGAGAGAUAUCAGAAAGCCAAAGCAAAAAGGAGGAGGAUGAAGCGGCGCAAUGCGGACUGCAGCAAACUCCGUCGGCCGUUAAAACGGAACCGAAUCACCGAGGGUAUAUACGGCAGUACCUUCCUUUACCUCAAGUUUCUGGUUGUGUGGGCGUUGGUGCUGCUGGCAGACUUCGUGCUGGAAUUCAGAUUUGAAUACUUGUGGCCCUUCUGGCUCUUUAUCAGAAGUGUCUACGAUUCCUUCAGAUACCAGGGGCUGGCAUUUUCAGUAUUUUUUGUAUGUGUUGCAUUUACAUCAGAUAUUAUAUGCCUCCUCUUCAUUCCUGUACAAUGGCUAUUCUUUGCUGCCAGUACCUACGUUUGGGUGCAGUACGUAUGGCACACGGAAAGAGGUGUCUGUCUACCUACAGUGUCUCUGUGGAUACUCUUUGUAUAUAUAGAAGCAGCAAUCCGCUUCAAAGACCUGAAAAACUUCCACGUUGACCUGUGUCGGCCAUUUGCUGCACAUUGUAUCGGUUACCCCGUGGUGACGCUUGGCUUUGGCUUCAAGAGCUACGUCAGCUACAAGAUGCGCCUGCGGAAGCAGAAGGAGGUGCAGAGGGAGAACGAGUUCUACAUGCAGCUCCUCCAGCAGGCUCUCCCCCCUGAGCAGCAGAUGCUCCAGAGGCAGGAGAGGGAGGCCGAGGAAGCCGCAGCAGCCAAAGGGAUCUCUGAGGUGGAUUCCACGACGACGUCACAGAACGGUGCACCCGCCAACAAAAAGAGCUCCCUGCCGCUCCCCGAGCUGGAGUACAGAGAAAAGGGGAAGGAGGGCAGGGACAAAGAGGCCAAAAAACACAAUGUGGGGAUUAACAACAACAUCCUGCAGACAGUAGACUCUAAGCUCCAGGAGAUGGAGUACAUGGAGAACCACCUGGGCAGCAGGAGGCUGAACAACGACCUGGCGGGGAGCACAGAGAACCUCCUCCAGAAGGAGGAGACGGGCGGAGGGCCUGGAAACGCCUCUUCCAAAAACUACAAGAAUGCCAGCGGGGCAGUGAUCAAUUCCUCGCCACGCAGCCACAACGCCACCAAUGGCAGCGUGCCCUCCUCAUCUUCCACCAGUAAGAACGAGAAGAAGCAGAAGUGUCCGGGGAAGAGCCCCGCCCCUCACAGAGAGCUGAUGGAGAACUGUAUACCCAACAACCAGCUCAGCAAGCCAGACUCUCUCAUACGGCUGGAGCAGGACAUUAAGAAGCUGAAGGCGGAUCUGCAGGCCAGCCGGCAGGUGGAGCAGGACCUGCGCAGUCAGAUCAGCUCCCUGAGCAGCACGGAGAGGAGCGUCCGCUCUGAGCUGGGCCAGCUGCGGCAGGAGAACGAGCUGCUGCAGAACAAGCUUCACAACGCCAUCCAGGCCAAGCAGAAGGACAAGCAGACCAUCAGCCAGCUGGAGAAGAGGCUGAAGGCCGAGCAGGAGGCCCGGGCGGCGCUGGAGAAGCAGCUGGCCGAGGAGAAGAAGCGCAAGAAGCUGGAGGAGGCCACGGCCGCACGGGCUGUAGCCAUGGCCGCAGCCUCCAGGGGGGAGUGCACAGACUCACUCAGGAGCCGCAUCCGCGAGCUGGAGACUGAGUGCAAGAAGCUGUCCAUCGACAUGAAGCUGAAAGAAGAGCAGAUCAGAGAGCUGGAGAUGAAGGUGCAGGAGCUGCGUAAAUACAAGGAGAACGAGAAGGACACGGAGGUGCUGAUGUCCGCGCUCUCAGCCAUGCAGGACAAGACGCAGCACCUGGAGAACAGCCUCAGUGCCGAGACCCGCAUCAAACUGGACCUAUUCUCCGCGCUGGGCGACGCCAAGAGGCAGCUGGAGAUCGCCCAAGGUCAAAUCCUCCAGAAAGAUCAGGAGAUUAAGGACCUUAAACAGAAAAUUGCUGAGGUGAUGGCGGUCAUGCCAAGCAUCACCUACACGGCAGACACCAAUAACAUGAACCCGGUGACCCCUCACUACUCCUCCAAGUUCAUGGACAGCAGCCCCUCGGGCCUGGACCCCAACGCUUCGGUCUACCAGCCCCUCAAAAAGUGAAUGCUCACCCCUGUUUUUUUUUGGCCCAGCUGAAGAUUGAACUCUUGUGUAUUUAAUGCUGAGAACGUCCUUUUUUCGUUGUUGUUGAUGUUGUUGUUGUUUUUUCUCCCCUGGUUAAGAAGACUUUGUAUCUUGUGACUGUAUUGUUGUAGUUUAAAAGACAAAAAAAAGGGACAUUGCAUCAACUAGGACUGCGCAGUGUCCUCUCCCCUCUGUACAUGUUUAGAGAACCCUCACAGAAUGUUGGCACAUCUCUUUUCUGGGUCUGUGGAGAACUGCUGCUUUUUAAAUGCAUUUUUCCAACUCCACCCCUUUUCCCUUUGAUUCAAAAGAUCAGUCCUACUCUCAUGCCUGGUGCAAGGAUGUCAACGUCAGAGCCUGACUGCAGGUCCAGUAGACCUUUACAGUGAAAUGUCACCAGCUGUUCAAAGAAUGUAAUGCAGAAUCAACAGUUGGUAAACUUUGUUUUUUCCCCACCAGUUUUUCCCAAUAUCCCCUCCACAUAACUGUUACUUUAGAAAGAGAAUAUUUGCCACAGAAUGAACACCCUUUGUUUUCUAGACCCUGUGCGUUUUGAGUUUCUUUUUUUGUUGUGCCACCAGCUAUGACAAGUGUUUUCUCCUUUUUUUUUUUUUUUUUUUUUUUUUUUUUCUGGAAGUAGUCUUCUACGUUAAUGCCACAGUCAUACAAUUGUAAUAUGUCAUGGGGCUAUUAUGUAAACCUUAAAAUACUGUAGUCAAGUGAUGCAUGAACAGCUUUGAACUGAUUUGAAACAACUUUGUUGAGUUAGUUUGAGAUGUAAAAUGAUGCAUACUGCCCCCCCCCCCCCCCCCCCCCAUGUUCUAAAACUAUUGUGCUAAAUACAUCCUCCCUUUCCUAGCGGACCAAAUUUGACAGGAGUAGCUACAAGAUUGUCAAGUGAUGCUAUUAGAGAAUGCCCAAGCUAUUUAAAAGCUGAACCUUGUGAUGUCAAGUUAACUGAUUUAUCCAGUUGUCAUAUCCACAGUGCCUUGAGACUGGACAUUAAUUUUUUUUUUUUUUUUUUUUGGAGAAGACCCCCCCCUCCCCCCAUCCAAGCUACCUUGUAUUUUAAUGUGAACCAUCAGAGUCUACUGCAGAUUGUACACAAACUUAUCUAUCCACAUGACUGCUACCUGCUUAUCCCAGUAACGCCUUCUACGUUUCUUCUUUUUUUUUUCCAGACAAAUGUUAGAAAUGGCAUGCGAUUCAAAAAGGGAAGUUAUUUUUUAGAAUUUGUGAACAAAGGGUUAAAUCUGCCAUUCAAAAAUGUAUUUGCAUUAUUUCUCUGUAGAUUCAGAACUUCUAUCACCUUUUUCCUUCAGCUGAAUAUUUCUUGUCUGUGAAUGUGCCAAGUAAGAGUAUUGCUUUCCAUCGAUAUGAAUCCUUUAUAAACGUGUGAAUUGGCUAUUGAGUUGCAACAUGCUUUAUUUUGAUGUGAAAAGCAUGAAAGUAUUUUGAGGGAAAUGCAGGACAGAACAAACCUUGCCACCUGUUUGCAGUAGACUCUGUAAAGGCAGUAAUGCCAGUGUUUAUUUGAAGACAUUUCACUCUGUGAAUGUUGUAGUAUUUGCAUCAUACCCAAGGCAGUAAUUGUCAGUCAGCAGGUUUGUUUUGUUUAAAAAAAAUAAAAUGGGGGAUGAAUACGUAGUCUGAUUUUGAUGUCACCUGAAGGUGUAGAUCAUAUUGUGUGUGUUUGGCUGAAUCGUGCAAUUUGCAAAGGCAUAAAUGGGUUCCCGAAGCUUUUGAAAACUUUGUUUAGAGUAAAACAAUUUAUUUGUCUGCCAUUGCUUGGCCACUCUUUCUUUUCUUAAUCUUAUCUCAACUGUAUCUCUUCUUCCCCUCUCUGUCCUCUUCUCCCUCUAACUUCAAUUCUCUUUCCCUCCCAAUUUUCUCUCUGUGGGGUUCACAUUGAAUUAAAAAAAGUCUUGCUAGUCAUGCAAGCUGUUUGAGAAA